CUGUGGAAAGGAGAGCAGGGACUCGGUCAAACCGAAAAAGUCGAACGAGUGACUUGAUCCAGCAUAGAAACGCGGGAAAGUAGGGUUAUAUUUUCUGAAUACACUGUUAUCGCACACAUCGAAUAGUAUGAGGUGAUGGAAAAAACGCUAGGCAUCGUGAGGUACAGGAUUCAAUUCUUUACCAAGUCUUUUUGUGGACAACGAGCUGGGGUGGCCGCCAUUUUGAAAUCACAGUCAAGUGCGUCUUGUCUGCUUCAACAAACUACGCGGGCAGUUUCCACUCGAGAACUUACUCCACCUAUAAGACUACUGAGGAAGGAUCUGUCGAUAUUUGCUGGAUUGUCUUAUUUGAGUGCUAAACAGGUUAUUGUCCGAUCUCUUAAGAAUGGAGAACAGCAGAGAGCAUUCCUGUCUCUUGGUGGAACAGUCUGCAGUAGAAGUCUGCAUGAGCAGCCGAGAAACGAAAAGAUUAGAGCAAGAACUGUUGUUCUUAUAGACGAAGAUGGUAACAAACUUGCGACUAUACCCCUGCAACAGGCUUUGCAGGCUGCAAAGGAUAAACAACUCGAAUUGGUAGAGUUACAAAACCAGAAGGGCACCAGAGCUGCUGUGUGCCGAAUGUAUUCCAGGAAAACUUUGUACGAUGCAGAGAAGAAACACAAGCAUUCUCCACAAGGCAACAAGGUAAAGGAGCUUACCAUUACAGGCCAUAUAGCACCACAAGAUCUGCAAUGGAAAACCAAAAAAAUACAUGGUUUCCUGGAACAUGGUUUUUCUGUGAAACUCUCGAUUUCCAGGAAGCCUUAUCAUAAGAUAAGUGAUGAAGAAAAGCUAGAGAUUGUGAAAAAAGUUGUUGAUGGUGUCAAAGAGGUUGGAGUGUUGGACGGCCAGCCAAAAUCUGUUGGAUCCUUGGUGUUGAGGUGCACCCUGAAACCAGUCAGUCAACAGUCCAAGGCGCAAACACAAGAAAAGUCUUCGAUGUGGGUUGAGCGUGCGCAUGCGCCUUCGUCACUGACGUCAAUCGAUCUUCUACGGUUCAGUCCAAUUCAAGUUGUUAGUUUACAAAACAAGUAAAAUGCUAGCAAAGCUUUUAA